UGUAAAGAUGAGGGGUAAAUGUUCAUAAUGGUAGUCAAACCGUACCGUUGUUUCAGCCAUACAAGCUGCUCGCGCAGAUUGGUUGACUUCUACACCCACGCCACCUUGGCACGUCCAGCCACAACGACAUUCUAGGAGACCAGACAUUAUCUGUAGCGUGUGCAAUCGAGCUGUGCUGCCUUUUUCAUGCGUUCUUCUUGUAUUUAGCAGGCUGAACGCGGGGUAGGUGUUUAUAACCCGUACCAAAGGCACUAAAGGUACCACGCAAGGUAAAUGACUGAAUGAGCUUUUUCGUCUUCAAUUCUACCAGGUUUUUCUGAUGUCUGAACUUCCAGCACAGGCUGUCCAUCGCGGCUUAUGGACGAACCUAGAGCGUGGACCCGUUAUGGGAAGCACCAUUACCACCGACACGCAAACGGGAAAUCUCAUCGUCGCGCUUCUGGCUAUCCUCACAACACUCGGCGCACAUCGCCUCUGGAACUUGGUCACAUUUGCUUACCAUCAAGUCCGCGCAAACGGGAAGCCAGCAGAUGGGUUCUUUCGUCAACAACAAGCCCUCCUCCGCUCGCUACCAGCACCUGCUGCGUUGUUGACCGACUGGAUCAAACUGUGGUGGGUAUGGAGGAAAGCAGAUCGAGCGUUUCUACGCUCGUCUAUUCAGGUUAUCUUUGGGGUUACAUUUACUGUGGGCACUCUCCUCGCCGGUACGUUCACCUCACUCGCGGUAUCGACUCCCGAUAUUCAAGUGCUCGUGCAAAGCCGUCAAUGCGCGCCCUGGAGCCCUGACCGCAUAAACAACGCGAGUGGAAGCGUAAAGGCUGCGUACGGACAGUAUAUCGGCGCGACCCGAAAGUCGAGCAUAGACUAUGCCACAGAAUGCUACCGAGACUACUCGGUGGUGCCCGAGCGUUGCAAGAUGUUCACCCGCCCCAGCAUUCCCUUUUCGCAAGCCCGAGUGGACUGUCCUUUUGCUACCACCCUAUGUAAAAAUGUCUCCAAGCCAGCAAUUCAACUCGAUUCUGGUCUGGUCGAUUUGAACGACGGCCUAGGAUUAAACCUGGCCCCAUCGGAAAGAGUUCGUCUCCGCAAAAGGACUACAUGUGCAGUGCUUGAGAUUGAGAAUCGAACCUCAGUUGUGAACGUGUCAUCUCUCACAUUUCGUACUCGCGACCCUCUACCAAACGAAAAGGCUUUGGUCUUACACUUGGGACGCAGCUUCGUCCCCGGCAAUGAAAACUUUACGUUUUCCAUGAGCCUGUUACUCAGCAACCUUUCCUCGGACUAUAGCAGUGUGACGGCAAGCAACUACCAGACAGAGGCUCUUAAGACUUCUGGCACGUUUACGCCGCCCCCAGAGAUGCAGGGCCUUGACGCCGACAUAUUUAACAUUCACGUUGGUAAAAACAACGUCCUCUAUCGUCAACCCACCAAUGAUCCCCUCUUCGCAGCACAUAGGCCUCUCAAAACGGGUGAUUCCCGACCGGAACAACAAAACGUCACAUACUACAGAUCUGAUUUCGUUUUUGGGGUACUGGGAUGUGGCUUGCAGUACCAAUUCUGCCACGCGCAAGCCAACGGCGCACCAGACUUUUGCAGCAAUCUCACCGGCUUACCGAACUGGGUAGAGGACUUUUCCCUCGAGCAGUAUCCAAACGCAAGCAAUAUCCAACGAGCCAUCCUGCAAGACCUCGGCCACGCUAUGCUCAAUACAGAUAUCCAAAUUGCCAGCUACGACCUCAAAGCGCGCAAACUCAUCGAGAAUGCUGGCUUCAUCAAUUCGCUGCCAGACGACCAGUGGGUGCGGGAGGUGGUGGGCUGGGAAUCCACGCUCUGGGCUUCACUCCAGAUCGAAAUGGCCGAAUAUGCGAUUGGCAGAGCGGUCCGCGUACCCGGUGCGGCCGCUCUUAUGAAGACGGACUUGACCGAUGGAGAACAAGCGCUUUGUGGCAAGCAAAGAAUGAAGAACCCGGGAGGCUUUGUCAACAUCAACGUGUUCGCAGUGUCCUUUAUAGGGGCUUUCUCACUCGUCGUUACACUUCUCGAUCUAGUCCUUCUCAGACUGAUUAUUGUGCCGAAGCGCUCUCCGCGGAUAGAUCGAUGGAUUCAGGACGGCAUCUUCCAGUUGCAACGGCGCGCGUAUGAAGCACACGGGGAAGGAGUGUGGUCUCGUCUUGAAAAAGAUGUUCCCAUGACUACUUCCAUCGGGGAAAAGCUCGCGGAGCUGCCGGUGGAGUCGCAGCCGCUGUGUACAUGUAUCGUCGGCGUAAAGGAAGUGCAGCAGCAGGACAUGUGAGGGAAGGUAGGUCCUAGAGAGGCUCCAUUUUAACCCCGU